AUGUCGUUCGACUUUAACACAUCUGCUCCCGAAUCAGAUCCCACUGCCGACUUUCUUGCUCGAGAGCGAGCAGCAGCGGGAGCCUUGCAAGGUGAUGCGGACUUGUUCGGUUCGAGCGUUGCAGGCGGCGCAGCAGGCGUAAGCGGGGAGAAGGACUUUGAGAGUGGAGCUGCCGCUUUUCCAAGUCUCGACGGUGACGAACCUUCGGCUGCUACCACCACCGCCACCACUCACAACAAUACCGGGGGCUUUGGAGACGAGGAUGACCUCCUUGGUGGGGGAGCAAGCGCUUUUGCCCAACAGACUAGAGCACCGGUGGAUGAAAUGGACAAGUUCCAAAGUGACUUUCCUGAGCUGGAAGAGGAGAUCGCCAUGCCUGCAACCCAGCCCCCUGUCACCAACACCGUGAGUUGCCCAUGCUUGUCUGCGCACCUGCCUCGAGCAAACGCUCUUGUUGCCUUGCGUGAAGGCUCUGCUGAUCGUCGGCUGGAUUGUCGCACAGAACGGGUAUUCUAGUGCACCCGCUCAGCCUGCUCAAUCGUUUGGCGCAAGCGGUGGAGGCUCGGGCUACGCCGGUGUUUCAGACCCUUACUCUCACUUGAACAAUGCAGAGGAGAGUGAGGCUGUCAAGCAGUGGAGGACCCGCCAGGCUGAUGACAUCGCAAAGAGGGAUGCCGAAGCAGAAAGGAAAAAGUCGGAGACUAUCUCAAAGGCUGAGCAGGACGUUGACAAAUUCUAUGAAGAGUACAAUGCGAAGAAAGAGAAGAGCAUCAAGCAGAACAAGUGAGUGGUUUAGCGAUGCUUGAUGGGUCAUUUGUGGUUUAGCAGAACGGCGGGAAGACAGCCUUCGCUCGUGAGAGUCGACGGGUCAUGUGCGAGAAAAUCUUUCACUCUCUCUUAGAGAUCUGCAAUCGAGGCGCAUUUAGCAGAGAUCCCGCCAGUGGGAGCUACACCCGAUGACCUAUGGUAUUGACGCUUGAAUGCGCUCUUUCCGUCCACAGGGAGUCCGAAGCUGCCUUCCUGGCUCAACAAAGCGCCGAGCUGGCCGAAGGAACGACGUGGUCCAGAGUGACCAAGCUGUUGGACUUGCAAAAUUCCCAAAGUAAGACCAUAGCCAGAGGCGGUCCCGGAUCGACGGACCUGACAAGGAUGAAGGAAAUUCUUUUGAGUCUAAGGGUGAGUUUUGGCUGAACUUUGGACAGCUGAUUGAAAGCUUGCGCUGUGGACCGCAUCACCUGCGUCAAAGCGGUGGCUUUUGAUCCAUUCGGCACAUGGCUUUGGGGGAAGUGACUGACCCAUUAGCCAUCUUUGCCCAACUCGUCAUGCAGCGGGAGGGACAGACAGCUCCGGGAGCAGCGGGCUACUAA